AUGGCAAUCCCUGAAUCUCAACAACAGGCUGAAUCUUUACCAGAUGCAUGGGACUACAACGGCCACCCCGCCAUACGAGCUUCCUCUGGAGGCUGGACUAGUGCUGCAAUGAUUCUAGGGGUUGAAAUUUGUGAGAGGAUGACCACUCUAGGUAUAGCCGUGAACCUGGUGACAUACUUGAUGGGGACUAUGCAUUUGAGUAAUGCUACCUCAGCCAACAUAGUCACUAACUUCUUAGGCACUUCGUUCAUGCUGUGUUUGCUUGGUGGCUUCGUUGCUGACACAUUUGUAGGAAGGUAUCUAACUAUUGGCAUCUUUACCACUGUUCAAGUGAUGGGUGUGACAAUCUUGACAAUCUCGACUAUAAUCCCUAAUCUACGACCAGCAAACUGUGUUCCUGGCAGUGUAUCAUGUGUCCGUGCAAGUGGCGUGCAACUAAUGGUUCUCUACCUAGCACUGUAUCUCACGGCCAUCGGCACCGGAGGCUUGAAAUCGAGCGUUUCCGGCUUUGGUUCUGACCAGUUUGACGAAUCCGACACCAAGGAAAAGAACGAAACGUUAAAAUUCUUCAAUUGGUUUUAUUUCUUGAUUAAUAUUGGAUCACUUGCAGCAAUUACAAUCCUUGUAUACAUUCAAGACAACUUGGGAAGGCAAUGGGGCUAUGGAAUUUGUGCCUGUGCUAUUGUUAUUGGUCUUGGCGUGUUCCUGUCUAGCAGCAAACGUUAUCGUUUUAAGAAACUUGUUGGCAGUCCAUUGACACAAAUUGCAUCAGUUUUUGUAGCUGCGUGGAGAAAGAGGAAUUUGGAGGUUCCUUCAGAUUCAUCCCUUCUAUUUAAUGGUGAUGAAAUUAAUGACGUUGAGGGGUUCAAAAAGCAGCAGCAAAGGUUGCCCCAUAGCAAGGAGUUCCGUUUUUUGGACAAGGCUGCAAUCAAGAAUCCCGAACUGUCCACCGGCAUUACUGAGGAGAAAAAAUGGCACCUUUCAACUUUAACUGAUGUAGAAGAAGUGAAGCUGGUGAUUAGAAUGCUACCUAUAUGGGCCACAACAAUUAUGUUUUGGACCGUUCGUGCUCAAAUGAUAACAUUUUCAGUAUUACAGGCAACCUUAAUGGAUCGUCACCUCGGAAAAUCCUUCCAGAUUCCGGCUGCAUCUCUUCCUGCUUUCUUCAUCGGGAGCAUUCUCUUAACAAUCUCUGUUUACGACAGAAUCAUAAUCCCAAUUCGCAAAAGGGUUUUCAAGAAUCAACACGGACUCACACCCCUACAACGUAUAGGCAUCGGCUUGGUCCUAUCAGUAGUUACAAUGAUGGCUGCAGCCCUGUCUGAAAUCAAGCGUUUACAUGUCACCAGAUCGCAUAAUCUGACACGUGGACACGUCACGGUUCCGUUGAGUGUGUUUUGGUUAGUCCCACAAUUCUUUUUGGCUGGUGCAGGUGAGGCAUUUAUCUAUAUGGGACAACUUGAUUUCUUCCUAAGAGAGUGUCCUACAGGAAUGAAAACAAUGAGCACAGGCUUGUUUUUGAGCACUAUUGCACUAGGGUUUUUCUUUAGCUCGAUGUUGGUCUCUAUUGUGCAUAAGGUGACAGGGGACAGGAAUCCAUGGCUGGCUAAUAAUCUUAACCGAGGAAAACUCUAUAAUUUCUACUGGCUUUUGGCAAUUUUAAGUGUGUUGAAUUUUCUAGCUUUUUUUAUUACUGCAAGAGGGUAUGUAUACAAGAAGGACAGGCUUGCAGAGGAGAAUGAGUUCGAAGGGACAGAACCUAGAUGACAUGCCUAACUGCAUUU